AGGUUGGCAGGAAAGCAAGGCUGAUGAGUUAAAACCAUGUAGGCUUAAGUUGCAAGCGGGCAAGAUCAGAGUGACGCUGUUUGAAAGGGGAAAUGCUUAGAAGAGUAGGAGAAGACAGAAUGCGGAAACUGUUAUUCAGAGGCACAAAUCUCUGCCCUCUUAAUUUGCAUCUCCUUACCUAUUCGUUCAGUUUAACACCAGUUUCCCAGAGAGCUGUGUACACCCCCCUUCCAUGGGAAGUUUAUCAUUCUCUCUGCUGUAAAGAUUUUAGGGUCACCUGGUAAUCUGCCACUAUUGGGAUGGGUUAGUGGUACGUGUGAGGAGCCUGCCCGUGUUCAGAUCAUGGCCUGCUUUCUACCACUGCAUGGGCUGCUUAAAGAGGGGUGUAUUAGUAUUUCGUGACAAUGGAAGAAAAAGAAAUCUGAGGUAUGGUGGCUCCCAGGCUGAAGGGAGGAGCUUGCCCAGCAGUGACACCCAAGGAGAUGAGCUCAUGGGAGGUCAGCUCUGGUGGAUGGUAACCAGGCCCUGUGCUCUCCGCCUAGUUGUGCCAAGUGUAUGGUAGGGAUUUUCUGCUUCCUCAGAAUGUUUCUAUCUUUUUAAAUAGUGCUCCAUAACUGCAAACAGAGUGGGCCUCAGGUGUGUCUGAGAGAGCUCCUCUCUGGCAGGCACACAGCUUUUAAGUUAAACUGGGGAGUUUCUAGUUAGGAAUCCAGAAAGAACUACAGCUCCCAGUGGCCCACGCGCCACCUCCCUCCCAUGCCCGGUGGCAGACGGAAGCACAGCAGCAGCGUUGAGAAGGCCGGCGGUGAGGAAGUGGUUGUGGCCUGGGCCUGACUGGGCCAUGGAGUUCUCCAGACAGCUCUAUGCAAUCAGCGAGGCGCUGGACAGGGCUGAGCUGGCGGCUAUGAAGUUUCUCAGCUUGGAGCAUGUCCCUGUGAGGAAGCAGGAAGCCAUUGAGGAGCCCAAGGCCUUCUUCCAGGCGCUGCUGGAGAAAGGCAUGAUCGAGGCAGGGGACCUGGCCUUCCUGCGGGAGCUGCUCUACCGGAUCAAUCGGAUGGACCUCUUGGCUGCCCAGCUGGGCUCCAGCCGAGAGGUGAUGGAGAAGGAGCUUCAGAUCCCAGGCAGGGCACGGGUGUCACCGUUCAGGUACCUGCUCUAUCAGCUGUCAGAAAACAUCACGAAAGAGGAGAUGAAGUGUUUCAAAUUUCUUUUGGGGAAAGAAUUACCAAAAUGCAAGCUAAGCCCUGAAACUACAAUGCUCGACGUUUUCACUGAGAUGGAGAAGAAGGGGAUUUUGGGAGAAGACAACCUCACUGUCCUGAAGACUCUUUGUGAAAAAAUUGACAAGAGCCUGUUGAAGAAAAUUGAAGAAUAUGAAUUAAACCUAUUUGGUGAAGAAGAGAUGCUUGUAACAGAAGGACAGAGGAGCAGCACAGGAGUCCCUGAAGCCUGUCCCAGAUUGCGGGCAUCAUGUGUGGCACACGAUUCUCCUGGCAGUUGUGAUCAGUUUUCCCAGCUUGAAGCUUACAAAAUGACCAGCCGACCCCGUGGAGUAUGCCUGAUCCUGAAUAAUCACAAUUUUGCAAAAGCCAGGAAAGAAGUCCCAGAACUCAAAAAGAUGAAUGAUCGGAAUGGGACAGACGUGGAUGCAGCUGCUCUGAGCAAAGUCUUCAGCACCCUUCAUUUUAAGAUAGAAGAAUAUAAAGACCUCACUGCAGAAGAAAUCCGUAAGAUUGUGAAUAUCUACCGGUGCAAAGAUCACAAUGACAAAGACUGUUUUGUUUGCUGUGUUCUCUCUCAUGGAAAAAAAGGCAUUAUAUAUGGUGUUGAUGGACAGGAAGUACCUAUCCAGGAACUGACCACUUCUUUCACUGGGCAGAAUUGCCACUCACUUGCUGGAAAACCAAAAGUCUUCUUUGUUCAGGCAUGCCAAGGUGAUGCUCGCCAGAAAGGUGUAACCAUUGAAACAGAUUCUGGAGAGCAAGAUUCUUCUCUAGAAACAGAUGCAAGAUUUCAGCUUGAGUGCAUCCCCUCAGAGGCAGACUUCCUCUUGGGCAUGGCUACCUUGCAAGACUAUGUUUCCUAUAGAAGCUCAAGCCAGGGGAGCUGGUACAUACAGUCACUAUGCCAGCACUUGGAGAACAGCUGUCCUCGAGGAGAAGAUAUUCUCACCAUCCUGACAGCUGUGAAUCAAGAGGUGAGCAGAAAGAUUGACAAACAGAAUGCAGCGAAGCAGAUGCCACAGCCCAGUUUCACACUGAGGAAAAAGCUCAUCUUUCCUGUCAACUAAAUGAGAAAGAACAGCAGAGCAAGAGGAGCUGCAGCAGCUUUAAACAGCUGGUAUCAGCUAAGAAUUUGGUUAAACAUAAUAGACUUUCAGUGUCUACUGGUAGCACAAAUGCAAAUGUUUUUAUUGAUAAUAGACAAGGAGCAAAAGUCUUAAGAACUUAGUAUUAAUUUGUAUGACACUUUAUACCUGAGAGCAUCUCACCUGGUCUUGAAUUUGUAGUUUACUAGCAUAAAAUACACUCAGGGUCUUUUCAGCUGUACCACAAUUGCUGUUUCUUUAUUAAGAUAUAUUGCAAAUGCAAGUUUAAGAAGACAACAGUUAUAAAGCCUUGUGUAUUUUAUACUGACUUCUCUAAAAUAAAAGGGGGGGGGGCUGCUGAUUUUACAGGAUACACACAUCAGUGUGUUUUGUUACUUUCUCCCCUCCCUUUAAAUCGUUUAGGUUUAGAGUCUUGGUAUUCCUUAAGAAAAAGUCAAGAACUUGUCCUGCAGCAUACUUAGCAGUUCAUAGUUGCGACCUGCAUUUCAGAGUAUUCUCUACCCCUAACAUCUUUACAUUCAAAUCAAUUACACAGGUGCAGCUUUAUGCUUCAAGAUGUUCACUUACCUUGCUGACCUUUGAGUCACAGUUGUAGGCAUAGAAAAAGAAGAAUUUACUAGAUAAGUGAACAGCUCUUUAGAAACAUUAUAUUGCCUAUAUUGCCUCUGUGAUUAGUAUGUGCACAGAACAGGGAUUUUUCACAAGCUUUGAGUAAAAGCUAAAGCUUUUUUACUCCCUUUA